UCUUAAAUAAAUUGUUUAGCGUCUUAAAUGAUUUUGUACCUUUUCACAAAAAUGUAUUAAAUCAUAAAUUCUAUUUCAGAUUCGCCACCAGAAAUCACACUUUUUGGGAGGAAAGAAAUGUUCCGUACGUAAAACCGUAUCCCUUCAUUGGGUCACUCAAGGACAAUUUUCAGAAUAAUGUAGAAGACUUGGAUACAGAACGAUACAAAACUUUAGGCAAAAUCUAUGGAUUCUAUGAAGCGACAAAGCCAUGCUUGAUGGUUGCUGAGCCGGAACUUUUAAGGGAUAUUUUAGUUAAAGACUUUCCAACAUUCACAAAUCAUAGAUAUAUGGACAUGGGGGAUGACGUACUGAAUAAGAUGAUGACUGCUUUACAAAACGAAGAUUGGAAGAGAGUUCGAGCUAUUGUUUCACCCACAUUUUCAACGGGAAAACUUAAGAGGGUUCUGAACAUCUUUCAAGACUGUGCCAAAACACUCAUUCAAAGUUACACAAAAUCCGCCGAUUCGAAAUCACCAGUCGAUGUUUUAAAGUUUUAUGGGGCGUAUACUAUGGAUAUUAUUGCAAGUUCUGCCUUUUCCACAAAAAUUGACUCUCACAACGAUCCAGAUAAUAUAUUCAUCCAAAAAGCUAGAUCGAUAUUCAACCAGGAUAUGGGAUUUUCUGUUCUUCUUUUCUUUUUGUUUCCGAAUAUUAUGAAACGGAUUGGAUUCUCGCUAUUUCCAAAAGAUACUAUGCAAUUUUUUAAGAUGACGACUCUGCAAAUCAUUAAAGAGAGGAAGAAAACAGGACAGAAACGGAAUGACUUUUUGCAAUUAUUAAUGGAUUCUGCUGGUGAAAUAGAAAAAGAAGAGGACACGGAAAAUAGUUCUGAAGACAUUAUUCGAAAUUAUGGGGACGAAUCCAACAACAAUUUAGUCUUCAAAAAUGUUUCUACAAAAAGUUUAGGAAUGAAUGAGCUGAUUGCUCAGUGUACCCUGUUCUUCAUUGCUGGUUACCAUACCACUGCGUUGACAUUAGGAUUUACUACGUAUCAUUUAGCACUUGAACAGCGUGUGCAAGAUAAGCUUUUUCAGGAAAUCGAAGAAGUGCUGAAUCAAACUAACGGUGAGCUUACAUAUGAAUCAAUUCAGAAAAUGAAGUAUUUGGACAAUGUAAUUUCCGAAACACUUCGACUGCAUCCCCCGCUUACAAGGUAUAUAUUUGAAAUGCUUCCUUUUUUCAGAAUGUUCUUUAAUAAAAUGCAUUGUAACAAAAUCUUAUUAAAAAUGUUAACAAAGCAGAUUUGCUUUUUAAAACAAUUUAAAAUUAAUUCUCUCUCUACGUUUAAAAAAUAAUUAAAUUAAGGCAUA